AUGAUUGCCGAUGCAACGAGAAAGCUUAUUGUCAAGAAAAUCCACGAAGCCAAAUACUUUUCAGUUAUUCUUGAUUGUACUCCUGAUGUUUCUCGCAGGGAACAAAUGUCUAUUAUCAUCCGAUGCGUAGAUGUUUCAACAGCAAGAAUCGAAGAGUAUUAUCUUGGGUUUUUGCGAGUGGAAGAUAAAACAGGAGAAGGUUUAUUUUUUGAACUUGAAGAUGCAUUAAUCAAUCUUGGGUUAAACAUUGAUGAUAUAAGAGGACAAGGGUAUGACAAUGAAGCAAACAUGAAAGGAAAACAUAAAGCUUCAACCAACCGGUGGGAUGUAUUUAAAGAGGAGAUUGGAAAGAAGGGAUGGACACUUAAACCGUUGUCAGAUACACGGUGGGAAAGCCGUGUCUCAAGUGUCAAAGCAAUAAGAUACCAAGCUCCAAAAAUUCGAAAUGCUUUAGAGAGAUUGCGAGAUUCAUCCCCUAUGUCUCAAGAAGUCAGUAUUGCCGACAGCUUAGUAAGUUUUGACUUGCAUAAUUUUGAAUUUUAUCUUAGCUUGACUAUCUGGUAUAGACUUAUGUUUGUUGUUAAUACUGUGAGUAAGUCAUUGCAAUCUAAAGAUAUGGACAUCGGUGUUGCUAUACAACAAAUGAAAGGUCUUAUUGAGUUUUUUAAAUACUUUAGAGUAAAUGGGUUUCAAAAGGCAAUGGAUGAAGCUAAGGAGAUUGCAAGAGCGAUGGGAACUGAACCUACAUUUCGUGAAGUUCGUAACACCCGUACUACCGAACCAACAUCAGGUGAGGAGUUUUUUAGAAAAAAUUACUUCUUAUAUAUAGUAGAUAGUGCUAUGUCUUCAUUCCGAACCAGAUUUGAACAAUUUCAAAUGUACGAAGAAAUAUUUGGGUUUUUGUAUGACUUGAACAAGUUGAAAUAUAUGAGUGAGGAUGAAUUAAUGAGUGCAUGUGUUGCACUUGAAGCUUAUUUGAAGCAUGGUAGAUCUAGUGAUAUUGAUGGCAGGGAAUUAUGUAUGGAACUAAUCGUCAUGCGAAUUGUACUACCUAGUUCGUGUAGUAAGCCAAUAGAUGUCUUAAAUUUUUUAUUAAGAAUGGGUGAUUGUUACCCUAAUGCAUGGAUUGCUUAUAGGAUAUUGCUUACGAUUCCAGUCACAGUCGCCUCCGCGGAAAGAAGUUUUUCUAAGCUAAAGUUGAUUUUCUCGUAUCUUCGAUCAACUAUGUCGCAGGAAAGACUAGUAGGAUUAUCUAUGUUAUCAAUUGAAAAUGACAUGGCUAUGCAAGUUGAUUUUAAAAUUGUACUUUCUGAUUUCGCAUCCAGGAAUGUAAGAAGGGUCAUUUUCGAAUAG